AUGUUGGGAGAUAAGAAAUAUUCAGGACAUACAGGUGUUAAUCAGCUCGGUGGAGUAUUUGUGAAUGGUCGGCCAUUACCUGAUUCAACGCGCCAAAAAAUCGUUGAUCUGGCACAUCAAGGAGCUCGACCAUGCGAUAUUUCGAGGAUCUUACAAGUUUCUAAUGGUUGUGUAUCGAAAAUUUUGUGUCGAUAUUAUGAAUCGGGUACAAUUAGGCCACGAGCGAUCGGUGGAUCGAAACCUCGUGUUGCGACAGUCAGUGUAUGCGAUAAAAUUGAAAGUUAUAAACGCGAACAACCAUCUAUUUUUGCUUGGGAAAUACGGGAUAAAUUAUUACACGAGAAAGUGUGCUCCCCUGACACAAUACCUAGCAUACAUGUUGGAUUCAGUAUUCAUUUUUGA